AUGUCCUCCUUCCUAUCCUCGGACAUACUCUCAAAUCCUAGGUUCCAAUUGUUUGCGACAGCAGUUUUCUCUGGAGCUACAGCUGCAUCUCUAAUACUAGGUUACCAAGCAUUGGAGCGGGAAGAGAGAUUGAACAACUUUGGUGGCUCAUCAGCACCACCAGUGGAUAAGGAAGAUGCUAGGAACCAAGCGAUGGCUCGUCGCGCACAAGCGGGAGACUUCGAUGAAGAGCUUAUUCUCGAGCAACUAGCACGAAACCGUGUGUUUCUGACCGAUGAGGGUCUCGACAAGCUUCGGAGCUCUUUCGUUAUUGUCGUCGGAUGCGGUGGUGUCGGUUCUCAUUGCACUGCUGCUCUCGCCCGCUCUGGUGUAUCAAAAAUUCGACUAAUCGACUUCGAUCAAGUGACUUUGAGCUCGCUAAAUCGUCAUGCGGUUGCUACUCUGGCAGAUGUCGGAAUUCCUAAGGUACAGUGCUUGGAAAGGCGCUUGAUGGCCAUUGCACCCUGGGUCAAGUUCGAUUUGCGACAGGAGCAGUUCAACGAGAACGUUGCGGAACGACUGCUUCGACCUUGGAGCGAGGACGGACGUGCCCCUGACUUUGUUAUCGAUGCUAUCGACAAUAUUGAGACUAAGGUUUCGCUUCUCGAGUACUGCCACAAGAACAACCUACCUGUCAUCAGCGCCAUGGGGGCUGGUUGCAAGUCGGAUCCUACCCGCAUCAUUGUAGGCGAUAUCGGAUCCAGCAAGGACGAUGGUCUUUCGCGUGCGACUCGAAGAAAGCUCAAGCUCAAGGGUAUCACAAGCGGUAUUCCCGUUGUCUACUCCACAGAAACCUCAGGCGCUGGUAAGGCUGAGCUGCUUCCUCUGCCCGAGGAGGAGUUCCAGAAGGGUUCUGUCGGCGACCUUGCAGCUAUGCCCAACUUCCGCGUGCGAAUUUUGCCUGUUCUUGGUACAAUGCCUGCUAUCUUUGGUCUUACUGUUGCCAACCACGUCAUCCUGAGCAUUACCGGCUACCCCCUCGAUUACGUCCCUGCUAAGGGACGUGAGAAGAUGUACGAGGGUAUGUUGGCGACGCUACAGAGCUACGAGGAGAAGCUGGCACGUAUGACUUUUGAAGGCGAUACGGUCGGCCUCAAAGUACCUAUCACUACUGGUGACGUGGCUUUCCUUUCAGAAGAGCUGUACCGUGGCCGAAGUGCUAUCAGCGGUAUCCCUACAAAGCUGGUUCUUAUCCGAUGGGCGAAGCCUGGGGGUCCCAGCAUGACGACCUUGGGCGAGGGCAAGGAUACUCAGAAGUGCUCAACAGUGAAGCUGAGGGACCUUGUGCUGAUGACCAAGGAGGAGGCGACGAGACAUGAAAAGGAGAUCUUCAAGGGCGGCAAGUCUCUUGAGGAUGUAUACGACGCGGAAACUCUUGCCCGCGUUGAGGAGAAGAGAACCACAGCUGAGAAGUAUGAGGCCUUCCGAUCAUGA